UCUGCCUGUCUGUCUGUCGGUGGGUGGGUUUGUGUCAGUCUGCCAAAGGGGGCAGUAUCGAGCACUGCUCCAUGGGAAGCUCAAUUUUUCAAGAUGUCGUCGCUGGAACAGAGAUUGUCGCGGAUCGAGGAGAAACUAAAGCAGGAAAACGAAGAAGCUCGGCGGAGUAUGGACCUUAAGAUCGACAUGAGUCCGCAUAGAUCCCACGCGAGACCAAUCAUCGUGAUCCAGCUCAGUCCUGCUCCAGCUCCUUCCCAGCGUGCAGCCCUUCAGCUACCCCUUGCCAACGACGCAGGAAGCCGCUCAUCAUCUUCAGACAGCUCACCUCAGCACCAUCCCUGUCGCCCCAGAAAUAUGCUCACCCUCCCCACUCCACCGUACGGCCUACAGAAGAGUCUAGAGAAUGCAGAGAUUGACCAGAAAUUGCAAGAGAUCAUGAAACAAACGGGUUAUCUUAAAAUUGACGGACAGAGGUAUCCGGCCGAGGUGACAGAUUUGAUCAAUGAGGGGGAGAUUGGCAGCGGGACCUGUGGGCAGGUCUUCAAAGUGCGAUUCAAGAAAACUGGUCAUGUCAUUGCAGUCAAACAAAUGCGGCGAACAGGAAACAAGGACGAGAACAAGAGGAUCCUGAUGGACCUGGACGUGGUGCUGAAAAGUCAUGACUGUCCUUAUAUCAUUCAGUGCUACGGUGCCAUAGUUACCAAUACGGAUGUAUUUAUUGCCAUGGAGCUAAUGGGAACGUGUGCUGAGAAGCUGAAGAAAAGAAUCCAAGGCCCCAUCCCAGAACAAAUCUUAGGAAAGAUGACUGUUGCAAUAGUGAAAGCCUUGCUGUAUUUGAAAGAGAAGCACGGUGUCAUCCACCGUGACGUUAAACCCUCCAACAUUCUCCUGGAUGCGAAAGGUCAGAUCAAACUCUGCGACUUUGGUAUCAGCGGACGCCUCGUCGACUCCAAGGCAAAGACUCGCAGCGCUGGCUGUGCUGCAUACAUGGCGCCCGAGAGAAUAGACCCUCCUGAUCCCACCAAACCCGACUAUGACAUCCGAGCGGACGUGUGGAGCCUUGGCAUCUCUCUGGUGGAAUUGGCUACAGGGCAGUUUCCCUACAAGAACUGCAAGACAGACUUUGAGGUUCUGACCAAAGUGCUGCAGGAAGACCCCCCUCUGCUGCCUCUCAGCAUGGGAUUCUCCCUCGACUUCCAGUCCUUCGUCAAAGAUUGCCUCACUAAGGAUCACAGAAAAAGGCCAAAAUACCACCAGUUGCUGGAGCACAGCUUCAUUCGACGUUACGAGGUGCUGGACGUGGACGUGGCCGGUUGGUUCCAGACGGUGAUGGAUCGCACCGAGUCGCCUCGGAGCAGUCAGUGUUACAGCCAUCAUCACCAGCUCCACUCCUCACUCUUUAGCAGGUAGCCCGCAGAGAGCCCCCUCGUCUGCUGUUAGCUCAGCUGUCCUCUCUAAUGUAGUCCAGCCUCAGCCUAAAGACGCUAAGCCUAGCCUUAGACUGUGUCCACCGGAGAAGUCCUCAAAGAACAAAAUGAUGAUGAUGACGAUGACGACAGAUAUUUGGGGUGCCGGAUUUGAUGGAGGGAGGGACUGAUGGAUGGGAUAACAUAUUCAAUCUGGACAGGCAGACAUGGGAGGGAGGUGCCCACUUGUAGUUAGCUUCAUUUGUGCGCAACACUACACUCGUAAAUGUGUCGUCACUUUUUAGUCGUCGCUUAGCAACAGGUGUCAUCCGUGCCACUGUCACAUGUACAGCAUGCCACAUAUGAACACAGUCACGAGUGAUCAUUCAAUUUGAACACUGGAGGAAACAGCAUUUAUUUCACACGUUUAACGAAAAGUGAGACUUCAGUGAGUAUUCUUUUCACGACGCACAGUGAAAAACGUAAUGAUUUGAUUUCAUAGCUUGCAGUUGAGGAAAACACCUCAAGUAAUCUGACUAUCACGUCAACAAUCAAAUUGUUUCUUAGUGUUGGAAUAAGGCUGGAUUUGCUGCAGCGUUUAAGGACUCAAUCUGGGUUUCACUUUAUGAAUUGAGCGACUGAAAUGAAUGACUUUUUCUACAAUAUUCUAUUUCGUUGACAUGCCCCUGCAUACUAAAUAUUCUGUUAAGUCUUUUCGUCUACCAUACACAGAUCAUCAGUGAUCCCCUCAUUUCUAACAUCAAUUGAUCAGCUUUCAAGCGAAGGCGCUCCAAUCCACAUAUGAGCUAUGCAAUUGGAAGGGAAAACUCAGAAAAACUAAUUAGUCUUGUAUUCUAAACUUUU